AGAAGCACCUGUCCGAGGAGCACCUGCAGCUGAACCAGAAGACUCGAGUGAUUCCCGUUCUCGAUUUGCAUUCUCCAGCUUGUCAGCCGCGUCAGUAGUGCCUUCUUCUGGCCCAGGUGAUUCAUCAGAAGUCGCUGGUUUGGUUCCCAUUCUUCGGGCCGCGAGGAAAGUUGUCUUUCUUCGAACAUGUUAAUUGUGACGGGCCGUCGUUGCGUCGAUUUCUUUUAACGGUCUGCGGUCUGCUAGCCUCUGGUUUCUAGACUUGGCCGAAAGCAUUUUCGUUUUCUAGCCAAUAAUUCAUAAGCUCCCAGUUCCUGCUCUUCUUCAAGAAGGUUCUCUGUCUCCGUAAAAGAGUGCCUCCUCAGUCAGAGCUUUAAGGCUUAACCUAGUAGCCAUGUGGCCCGGACAGCAGGUGAGCCUCCUGCUGGUGGCCAUCGCCAUUGCUGCCAUUAACCUAGAGAGCACCGCUGCCUUCCGACACAACUUCGAGGCCCGCCAAAGCACCAACUCGAAUGUGCCCCUGUGGAAGCAAAGAGCCUGCGAGAAGCCGAAGCAGAACGCUCACUACAUCUGCGAUGACAAGGGCGAUUUUAAGUGCCUGCCCGGCUGGCAGGGCGAUCUCUGCCAGGUGCCCAUGUGUCGCCGUAGCUGCGAUCCCAUGAACGGCUACUGCCAGCGUCCUGGGGAGUGUCGCUGCCGCAUUGGUUACAGCGGCGAGCUCUGCGACCAAUGCAUCCCGCUGCCAGGCUGCCAGCAUGGCGGCUGCACCAAGCCCUUCGAGUGCAUCUGCAAGCCCGGCUGGGCGGGACUCUUCUGCACGGAACCUAGCUGCCGUAGUGGCUGCCACAGCACCCGGGGCUAUUGUGAGGCACCUGGAGAGUGCCGCUGCCGGAUUGGCUAUGCGGGACGCACCUGCUCCGAGUGCGCCACGAUGCCGGGUUGCCAGCAUGGGACCUGCAACAAGCCGCUGGAGUGCCUCUGCCUGCCUGGCUACACGGGGCUGCUCUGCCAGACGCCUCUUUGCGAUCCGGAUUGCAACAAACAGCAUGGCUACUGCCGCAAGCCAGGCGAGUGCCGCUGCAAGGUGGGCUGGACGGGCAGUCAGUGCGACAAGUGCUUCCCCUAUCCGGGCUGCGCCAAUGGAGACUGCGAGACGCCCUGGGAGUGCAACUGCCAUCCCGGCUGGGGCGGGAUGCUGUGCGACGAGAAGCUCACCUACUGCCUGGAGCAUCCGGACACGUGCGAGAACGAGGGCAAGUGCAUUUCGCUGAGCCGCGAGGAUGGCAGCUACCGCUGCCACUGCCGGCAGGGAUUUCUGGGCAAGAACUGCGAGAUACGCGAUGACUUUUUGCUGACCUCGGUGGCCCCGCCGCGCAUCACGCCCCCCACGCCCACCGAACUGGAGCUGGACCUCGACUUGGAUGGGGAUGUGGAUGUGGACGCAGGUGUGCCCGAUGACAGCACGGCGGAAAAGUUGCCGGCGGCUAACGAGCCGGAGCGCCGGACAAAUGACACCGCAGCUGUGCCAACCGCAGGAGCAGGAGCAGGGGCAGCACCAGUACCCAUGGCCCUCGGCACGAUGGCCACAACAGUGCCGACAGUGUUGGCAACUGGAGCUGGCAGCCACAAUGCGACUAAUGAAGCGUUAAGCGCCAUUACAACAAGGCGUGCCACCACGCCAGCUCCAGCCCCAGCCCCAGCCUCGCCAUCAGCCACGCCAGCAACAUCCGGGGAAAAAGCCGUAAAGGGUAAUGCAACAAGUGUGGCACUUCCACAUCCACUGCCGCCUCCACCACCCACACAGCUCACUGGCCAUGAGCAGACAAAGGCAACUUUGGCGCCAGCUGCAACAUCCGUGACCGGCCACAAGGACAGGCCGCAGGAGGAAGACGAAGAGGAUGAUGAGGAUGACGAGGACGAGGAGGAUGAGGGCGAGUACGAUGAGGAUGAGGAGGACGAGGACGAGGAUGAUGAGGAGGAUGACAGCGAUCAACUUAUACCAAAUAUAAUAUAG